AUGGGUUCUUGUUGUCAAGCCAGUCAAGUAGCUCGGGAUUAGUAUGUGUUUCCAGAUGGAGGAGUGUAUACAGGAGAGUUGAAAGAUGGAAUACCACAUGGUGUUGGAGCAAUAUCCUUUGAUAAUGGAUAAUCCUUUGAAGGGCAUUUCGAGAAUGGAGUGAAAAGUGGCAAGGGAGUUUAUAGAUGGAAUGACAAUUCUUAUUAUGAUGGGGAAUUUCUGAACGAUGCAUUUAAUGGUUACGGCGAGUUUUAUUGGAGCAAUGGCAAAUGGUACAAAGGAUAGUGGGUGGAAGGGAAUAUGCAAGGAGAAGGACAAUUCUUUUCUGAUGGUAAGACUUACAAGGGUGAAUUUGAAAAUGAUAAGAGGAAUGGAAAGGGAGAGCAAAUUUGGCCCAAUAGACAAAAAUACAAUGGAGAAUGGAAAAACAAUAAGAUGCAUGGAAAAGGACAACUGACAGAGCCAAAUGGGAGAGUAAUCGAAGGGGAAUGGGUAAAGGGAAAAAAGAAAUGAUUAUAUCGUAUAUUUAAUUUUUAUAACAUAUUGUGCU